GCUUUGCUGGUGUUUAUUUUUGUUUCCCAAUUGGUCGUUGGGAUUUUAUGUUUUUGGUACCAACAAAAUGAAACAUCAGAAAUGUUAAACACAUUAUUGAAGUGGGUAUUAGACUACAACAAGCAGCCCUCACAGAUGACUUCCUAUAAUCUCUUUGUAGUUCAAAAUGAGUUGAAAUGUUGUGGAUACUUCGGAGUUGACGAUUUCCAAAACGUGUCCGAUGACGCAUUUCCUGGUUCCUGUUGCUCUUCUGAAAAACAAAAUUGUUCGAAGUCUUCUAAGUACACCAUCAAGAGAGGCUGCAAAGAUGAGCUCACUUACGCCAUUUCUGACUUCACCAACAGAAUUGGCGGGUUAGCCCUGGUCACGGCUCUUCUUGCA